AUGGACAAACUUCUUUUUACCAACUUAGUACUGGUCUGGCUGUUGGGGGUGUUCGGAGGAGGAGUCCCCUGUUCCUCACGCCGUCCUCCCUGCACCACUUCCACCCCCCCCCCCCAGAGCUGCGUGCUGCUGAGCGGCGUGAGAAGCAGGGCCCCGGACCCGGGGCCCCCCCGCCCGCCGCCCGCCCCCCCCGCCGUGGCCGUCCUGGGCUCGGGCGACUUCUCCCGGUGCCUGAGCGUGCGGCUGCUGCGCUGCGGCUUCAGCGUGGUGGUGGGCAGCCGCCAGCCCAAAAUGGCCGCCCAUGCCUUCCCCCACGUGGUGGAUGUGACCCACUAUGAGGAUGCCGUGGGAAAAGCGGGAAUAGUGUUCUUGGCCAUCCGACGGGAGCACUACUCUGCUUUGUGGGACCUCAAGCAUUUAAUGGAAGGGAAAGUGGUGGUGGAUGUAAGCAACAACAGGAGGGUGAAUCAGUAUCCGGAGUCUAACGCCGAGUAUCUGGCCUCUCUGCUGCCAGAAGCCUUCGUGGUCAAAGGCUUCAACGUGAUCUCAGCCUGGGCCAUGCAGCAGAGCUACCGCCUCGAUGCCAGCACACAGGUGUUCAUAUGCAGCGACUCGGUGGAGGCCCGGCUGCAGAUUAUGGAAUUAGCCCGCCAGCUCCACUUCCAGCCCGUGGACAUGGGCGCCUUGUCUUCUUCCCGUGAGAUCGAGAACAUCCCCAUCCAGUUAUUUCCGGGUUGGAAGGGCCCCGUCCUCGCUGCCGUGGCCCUGUCCAUCUUCUUCUUUGCUUACUCUUUUAUAAGGGAUAUCAUCCACCCCUAUGUCAGAUACAAGCAAAGUGACUUCUACAAGAUCCCCAUAGAGAUAGUCAACCGGACGCUGCCCACUGUGGCCAUCACCCUCCUGGCCCUGGUGUACCUGGCCGGUCAGUUGGCGGCCGCCCACCAGCUCUACUACGGAACCAAAUACAAACAUUUCCCGCACUGGCUGGAAGGCUGGCUCCAGAGCAGAAAACAGCUCGGCCUAAUCAGCUUUUUCCUGGCCGCCGUCCACGUUCUCUACAGCCUCUGUCUCCCCCUCAGGAGGUCAGAACGGUACCUGCUGCUCAACACCGCCUACCAGCAGAUCCAUGCCAAUGUGGAGAAUGUGUGGAAUGAAGAAGAAGUGUGGAGGGUGGAGAUGUACGUUUCCUUUGGGGUGAUGAGCUUUGGGCUCCUGUCUCUGCUGGCCAUCACCUCCAUUCCUUCCAUCAACAGCUCACUCAACUGGAGGGAAUUCAGCUUUAUACAGUCCACCCUGGGUUACGUGGCCCUCCUCAUAGCCACCCUCCACGGCCUGCUGUUUGGCUGGAAGCGGGCCCUGGAGGAGGAGGCCUACCGGUUCUACCUGCCCCCCAGCUUCGUGGUGUCCCUGGCCCUGCCGGUGGUGGUGAUCCUGGGGAAGGGGCUGAUGCUGCUCCCCUGUUUGGCCUGCAAGCUCCACCAGAUCCGCAAGGGGCUGGACAGCAGCCGGCACCAGUGCCAGCGCCUGGAGCCGGUGGGGUCAGCGGCCAAUAUCUCCCCCGAAAGAGUCACCAUCAUGUGAUCGUUGGUUUCACAAAAUCAAAUUAGCACUGUUCAUGUUUGCCCCUGUCGUCUCUGCUGUGAACGGUUUUUGCUGUGCUCGUGUGGCUGUUACUAUUCACUGUAUCUCCUCGUAAAAUGUCACGUUUUAAUGUUCCGCCCCUUAAAAACAGUGACACCGUUGUCCGAUUGAUUUCAUUUGAGUUAACAAGAACUCUGCUGCUGUGUGUCUGUUCAUGAGUUGUGGGGGAAAGAAAAUAAGUUAACCUGAAGUGGUUGUGUUUUUGUGAGAAAAAAAAAAGGUUUCAUGUUCUAUUGCCAAAGAAUCCUUUGUUGGAAAUGUGAAUAAAAUGUUUUAAUGAA